AUGGAAUCUGCUCCGUUCUUCAUAGAUAAUCCCAACCUGGGAAAUGCCAAUAGCUUGGAAGACCACCGAAUCCGUGGUUACAACCCCCUCACACCUCCCAAUCUCCUUCAACAUGAGAUUGCUCUCACCGAAAAAUCCAGAAAGACCGUUCUUCAAGGCCGAAAAGAGGCCGCUGACGUCGUCAAGGGCACCGACCCGCUGAACCGUUUGCUCGUAAUCAUCGGUCCUUGCUCGAUCCACGACCCCGACAUGGCCCUGGAAUACUGCGAUCGCCUGCUCAAACUCAAAGAAAAAUACCAAGAUACUCUCCUCAUCGUCAUGCGCUCUUACCUCGAAAAGCCCCGCACCACCGUCGGCUGGAAGGGAUUGAUCAACGAUCCGGAUAUCGACGGCAGUUUCAAAAUCAAUAAGGGACUACGUCUGUCCCGACAACUCUUCGUCGAUUUGACUAACAAGGGCAUGCCUAUCGCUAGUGAGAUGCUGGAUACGAUCUCCCCACAGUACACCGCCGACUGCUUGUCGCUCGGAGCCGUCGGUGCUCGUACCACUGAAUCUCAAGUCCACCGAGAACUCGCGUCAGGACUGUCUUUCCCCGUCGGAUUCAAGAACGGCACCGACGGUACGCUAGGCGUCGCGAUUGAUGCCAUUGGCGCCGUCAGACAUCCUCACCACUUCUUGUCUGUGACGAAACCUGGUGUCGUCGCUAUUGUGGGCACAGAUGGUAACGACGACUGCUUCGUGAUUCUUCGAGGUGGUACCAAGGGAACAAACUAUGAUGCUCAGAGUAUUGCUGAGGCGAAGGAGAACCUUAUCAAGAAGGGAUUGACGCCACGUCUGAUGGUGGAUUGCUCACAUGGUAACUCUUUGAAGAAUCACAAGAACCAGCCCAAGGUGGCCGCGGUUCUCGCUGAGCAGAUUGCUGCGGGCGAGACUGCUAUUAUGGGAGUCAUGAUUGAGAGUAACAUCAAUGAGGGUAAUCAAAAGGUUCCUCCAGAGGGCAAGUCCGGCUUGAAGUACGGCGUCAGUAUCACCGACGCGUGUAUCAACUGGGAAGAUACCGAGUUGGUUCUCGAGAACCUGGCGCAAGCCGUUCACAAGCGUCAGAAAGGCGCUGCUGCCAAUGGUAACUAA